UUGGAGACAGCGUCGAGAUCCUUGUUGUUUGUUGUGAUUUGCUUGUGUACUUCCAUAACUUUUCACGUAUAGUUACUUCAGAGCUAAGAUGCUUGCUGAUCGCGCGCAGGAUGUGAGCAAUAGUCUGUUAUCGCAUCCGUCGGAGUCCGGGUGUCGGAAGUUUGAUCGGGCCUCGGUCGCAUACGAAAAUCUCAGUUCUCGGUUCAAGUUGAAGGAACGUAACUUUAAUCGUCAGUAUGCGCACCUGUACGCCGAACGACUAGAGUCAAGACAUUCAGCUAUCUCGGGGGCUGCGCGUAAAAAGUUAGGAUCUGAUGUACCACAGAAGAAGUUGUCCGAAAUCGAAAUUGGUCAGAAGUGCAUUGUCGUAGGCACCUCUUUCAAGCACAUGGAGUUGAAGCCGAACAUACUAAAGGAAGUAUCUGAAGAGCACAACUUGCUGCCUCACCCGCCGCGCGACCGCUACACGGACGAAGCUGACCAGCUGAUCCUGGAGGAUGAGCUGCAGAGAACCGUCCUCGUCGGAAACGUAGAUGUCCAGAAGAUGGUGACGGGUAUUAUCAUGGCGGUCAGAGGUCAAGAGGAGGAGGAUGGGAACUUCCACGUUGACGACUACUGCUUUGCUGAAGCCACUGAGCAGCCUUCUCUCUCACCUUCUCAGGAAGACAAGUACCUGGCGAUCGUGAGCGGGGUCGAGCUCGGGGACAACGCAGCGACGGCGCUGCGCCUGCAGCUGCUGCUCGACUACCUCGGCGGCUCGCUGGGAGGAGAGGCGGACCAGGAGGGCGCGGCGAGCGUCGCGAGGGUCGUCGUAGCGGGCAACUCGCUCGCCCGCUCGACGCAGUGCCGGGACGCGAGCAGCAAGCCGAUGUCAAGGAAAGAGCAAGCAGGCAGUGUCGAUGCCAUCAAAGAGUUGGAUGACACGUUACUAGAGCUGGUGAGUUCCGUGGAGGUGGAUCUGAUGCCGGGCUGCUACGAUCCCACGAACAGCAUGCUCCCGCAGCAGCCGCUGCACCGAUGCAUGUUCCCGCAGGCCGCCAAGUACGAGACGUUCCACAACGUGACGAAUCCCUACGAGGCGUGCGUCGACGGCGUCAGGAUCCUGGGAACGUCUGGCCAGAACGUCGACGACGUCUACAAAUACUCGGACGACGACGACGCGAUCACAAUCAUGGCGAGCACGCUCGCGGUGGGGACACCUCGCACCGACGCGCACCCGACACCUUACCAUGCUACCCCUACAACAAUGACGAUCCCUUCAUCAUCAACACCAAUCCACACAUCUAUUUUGCCGGAAAUCAGAGCAGAUUCCAGACAAAGACUAUCGAGAUGUCGAGCGGUUCAGCGGUGGCUACUGGUGGCGGUGCGCUCAGGUUGCGACGCGUACUGGCUCCAAACCUGUGGCGUUUCGUUAACCUUGGCACGCUCAGCUGUCACGAUAACCGUCGUCAUCGAGACCCGAACUCACUGUCUACCGACGACGGUACGACAACGAAACGAGUCCCGAGUCCGAGAAAUGACGCAGCCGAUCUACAUCCACAUUUACAUCUACACCUAUAUCUGCAACUACAUCUACAUCUACACCUAUAUUAUCUGCAACUACAUCUACAUCUACAUUUACAUAUGUGUCUACAUCCACAUCUACACCUAUAUCUACAACUACAUCUACAUCUACAUUUACAUAUGUGUCUACAUCCACAUCUACAUCUACAUCUACAUCUACAUCUACACCUAUAUCUGGAACUAUACAUCUACAUCUACAUCUACAUCUACAUCUACACCUAUAUCU